UUCCAGUCAGUCCUAGAAGGAGAACCAGUGGAGUUAAAGUGUAAACUGGUUGCAUGUCCUUCCCCCACUAUCCUAUGGUUUCAUAACAAUAAAUCUAUUCCUAAAGAGCGUAGACGUAGGAUUGGUACUGAAAGCAGAAUGCACAUGCACACUACCAGUCUGGUUAUCGAUUGUGUUAAAGAGAAGGACUCGGGCAGUUAUAAGGUAAUGGCGAUAAACACGGAGGGUUCUGCAGAGUCCACAGCAUCACUUCUGGUGUCACUGAGGGAAGAGCAGUCUUCUAACUACCUGGGCUUUGUUAGACGCUCUGCUAAAGCCCAUGAAAGCAUGGACACCAUGGCAGAGCAGAGGAAAGAGAGGAAGUUUAGGGUCGACCUCAGGUGUGUAGGGUCUCCAUUCGACAAGAUGUCCAAAGUCCAUCAGGGACGAUCGCGAUCUAAGAACUCUCUGGUGCGUACCGUGUACUUCAAUUCUGGUUCUCAUGCAAAAGAAAAAGAGGUAACAGAGAAAGAGUCCAAGCGUUUGGAGACGGCCUCCGAGCGUGCCCCGUCCCCUCCCCCAAUGUUUGACAGGUCAGAGCACUUUAACGACAGAUUCAGUGAUAUCUACUGUGACCGGCGCACCGGUGGCAGGUUCAGUGACAAGUUUAGUGACAGGUGCAGCGACAGAUACAGCGAGAGGUUCAGUGACACAGAGAGCCUUCACAACGAGGUAAGAACAAAACUUACCACACUCCAGAAAGCUGUCAAACAGAAGAAGAGGCUUUCUAUUUCCACCAUGUCCUCCUCUGAGUUUGAGUCUGAGUCAGUUGCCAGCGAGUCGAGCUAUGCAGAUUAUGUAGAGAGGCUCAGGGUCAAGCCUGCCUCUCUGCCUGAGAUCCAGCAAUUCAAUCGACCCUUCGAUUCGGGGGAGAGUCAAAGGGAGUUUCGGAGUAGAAGCUCAAACAGGGAUCCCUCUCAGCCUCGUAUGAGGCAUUCAUUUGAGCCUCAGUCCAGAACCAGGGCCAUUCAGGUCAUGAGGGGUGAGUUGGUUGAUACAAUGGUGUCAAAAAGGAAAUCAAGUGGAAAACAUUCAGAGAUGCUGGAGGAUGAGAUGAGUUUUGUUGAAUCUCGGGCAGAUGCUAGAUUGAAGCAUUUGGUAAGUGAACGUCACAGUCCGGUUGCUGACCAAAAGCUAGAGGCUACAAAGGCUGAGGUCGAGCUACGUCACCCUGAAGUCCCGUACUCUGAAACAUUAGCAAACCUCGAAACUACAACGUACACUGAAAGCAGGGGAUCUGUUGAUCUGCCUUUGCCAGUCACAUCUAUCAGGGAGAAGUUUCUUGGUGAAGCCGUGACAGCAGAAGACAUAUCAACAACAGAAUCAGUUGAGCCAUAUGAAGAGGAGGGUGCAGGGGAGUCUUUAAGGGCUCAUUAUGAGAAGAGCCUAGAUGCUGAACGGCUGCAGUGCGAGGAAAAACUCCUGGCCCUGCGUAUCAGAAAAUGGCAGCAAGGGAGUAGGAUGGCAGAGGAGGAGACAUUUCACCCUGAAACUGAUUUGCCCAUGCCGACAGAAAUGCAGUACAUGGAGCCCGCGGAGCACAUUUACCCCCAGCAGGAAGUGAUGAAAUCAGCCACGGUAGAAACUGAAGCCAUUCCCUCAUCUUUCCAAAAAUCACCCAGAAUGAAGGAAAGGUUGGUAGAUCCUGAAGGUGCAACACCCAAAUCACCUAAUGUCAAGGUCAGAGGAGAAGUGGAAAUGUCAACCUCCUUGCUUACAAAGUCAGCCACAAUGGAAUCCAAAUCAAAAGAAAUGGAAAGUGAGGCACCACCCAUGCUGGCACAAAAAUCCCCCAGAGUAAAAGUGAGAUCAGCAGAAGUGGAAGCGGAGUUAUCUUCCAGAGCAAAAGCCAGAGCAGAGGACAGACUCAGAGACUCACCCAGGCCAAGGCAAGUUAAAUCUACCAAAGAGAGGUUCUUUAGUGAAGCUGCAACACCAGAAACAGUUGAGCAAUAUGAAGAGGAGUGUGAAGGUGAGUCUUUGAGGGAGCAGUAUGAAAAGAGCCUGGACGCUGAGCGGAUGCAGUGUGAAGAGAAACUGCUGGCUCUGCGGAUCAGGAAAUGGCAGCAUGGUAUGCGAAUGUCAGAGGAAGAGAUGCCCCAUCCUGAAACUGAUCUUCCAGCAGAAACCCAGUACAUGGAGCCUGAGGGGCACAUUUACACCCAGCAGGAGGUGGUGGAGAAGAGAGCAACUGUCGACCAUGCUGCCAUGUUAAUGCCAAAGUCACCUAAAGUAAAAGAGAGAGAAGAACAGGAAGAAACGUCUGCCCCCUUGCCUAAGGCCAGGAUGAAAACCAGAUCAGCAGAAUUGGAAACUGAGGCAUCAGUUAUACUGGCACAAAAAUCACCCAGACUAAAAGCUAGAUCUGCAGAAGUGGAAGCUGAGUCAUCGCCAAGAACAAAAGUCAGGACAGAGAAAAUGUUGUUUGAAAAGACAAGAGAAGAACGUGAGCUCCAGCUGUCGAGAGAGAAUAUUUCUGAGCUGAAGAAUGAAAGUGAAAAGCUUGUCAGCGAAGAGGAGGCCUUGAAUCAGCGGAUAAUGAAAUGGCAGGAGAAUGUUUUAAUGGAACAAGAGCACGCUGUGGAGCCAGAGUCCGACUGGGCGGAGGGUUACUCGCAGAUCCAGGCGGACAAGAACACUGAGGUCAGAAGAGAAUCAGGGCCACAACCUGAAGUGGUCCGCAGACGAAAGACCUCCCCAGGAAAAACAGCCAAAGAGAAGUUCCUCUUAAGCGAUUCAGUUCCUGCUGGUUUCCAAGAUCAGCAGGGGGAUAGCCUGCAAUGGUCGCCUGCCGACGAGCUGCCUACAGAGGGCCGUGAGACGAGGUUACAGAGGGAUAGCGAGUACUUUGUAAGCGAGGAGGAAGCACUGGCUCAGCGCAUCCUGAAAUGGCAACAAGAUGUAGUGGAACAAGAGGAAGUAGCUGAACUGGAGUCUGAGUGGGCUUUGGACAAUCAAUGCAAACAGCCUGGCUCCGGGUUGCUGUUUGAGUCUCAUAUUCCUGACAGUGGACCCCAUCGUGGUGGCAUUUCUCACGAGACCCACCCCAGUAACCUUCCACCUCCAACACUUGCUGGUGGAGCCUUAUCAACAAAAACACCUCUUCCACAUGCCGCUGGGUACAAGCCAUCUCCUCCUCAUGAGUCAUCUUCCGCAACAAGCCAUUCUUCUACAUAUGCUGGUUUACCACACCAGCCUACCGAAAGCUUGUACGACUUCAAAUCCAUUUCUGUAAAGGAUAGAGCGGGUUUUGAAGCUUCACCAGUUCACGGAUACUCUCCAACCCAACCUACUAGUGUGCCUUUUGAGGGAUAUGAACUUGCCUCUGCCCGCCGUGAGAGCCCUCAUAAGACUUCCAGAGAGUUUUCCCCAGUCAGGAGUCCCUCCCCAUGCCAUAGCCCACAGGAGGAAGUGGAAAGAGAUGCAGAGAGGAGGCGAAGCAGGGAGGAAUACACAAUGACUGUAGAUAAAUCCAGCAGCCGACGCUUCCAGUCAGAGGUAAGAGAGGAGAUUGGAAUUACCAGAGAGAGCAGCGAAUGGAGACCACAGAAGGAUUUUGGAGGUGUACGAAGAGAGGAAAGAAGUGGAGAUUCAAUAAGGUCAAAACAGGGUGGUGAAAUGAUUGCAGAAAGCCUUGAACUCGGAGCUAUAAAGAAGGAAGAGAGGACAGUCCGAGAGGAGGCAAAUUUGAAAGGGGGAGUUUACCAAACUCAAGAGUUGAAGAGGAUGAAAGAAGUGGAUACAAGUGCCGGAGGCUCCCGGCCAGUAUUUGUGAAAGAAAUAUCUUCGGCUAAAGUAAAAAUCGGUGAGAUGUCAGAGUUUAUCUGCCAAUACCAGGGUGACCCUCUGCCCACAGUCACCUGGCUCAAAGAUGGCCACCAAUUAGCCCACAACCCUGACUUUGAUAUCAUGAGCCAAUCUAACAUAUCAAAGCUCACUGUCUUCUAUCCAACAACAGACCACGAGGGGACAUAUGACUGUGUCAUAACCAAUAAACACGGCAAAUCCAUAUGCAGUGGCACUCUUGAAAUCUCUGAUAAAAAGGUGAUGAGAAUGUCAGCGGCAACACAGGAGGUGGUAGUUAGAGAGGAGCUAGAAAAGGGUGGAGAAAACCAGGAGAGCACGAUCAAAGCGGAACUUACAACCUACAUGGAUUCAGGAAAGGCAACGCUACAGGUGCCUCAGGCAGUAAUCCACAGACGCCGCUGUUCGGAUGAUUCUUUUAGCUCCUCACCUGUAGAAAUCAGAAUCACCGCUGCCACUCCGCUCCCUGAGAUGAGAGAGGAAGUCAGAGAAGAAGAACCUCAGGCUUUUACGGAGAAAACCUCAGAAGUGCCAAGUGACGAGGGAGCCUCUCAGACUGUCAAACACAAAUUUACCUUCUCCUUCGAUGUGGUUGGGGAAGCUCCUCACGUGGUCAGCGAAUUAGAGAAUAUCACCUGUUCUGAGGGCAACACUGCUGUGUUAGAGUGUUUUAUCACAGGUGCACCAGAAGUCGCAUGGUAUCAUGAUGAUGUUUGCCUCAAAAUCACGGCCGGAAAAUACAGCGUUGAGGUAGAUGAUAAAGUGUCCAGGCUGUUUAUCAACAGUUUUACAUACACUGAUGCUGGAGUGUACAAAUGUGUUGCCAGAAAUAAGGUGGGAGAGGUUGCAAGCAUCUCUAAUGUGACAUUUCAAGUUACAGAGCCUGUACAAUUUGCAGAGGGCGGUGGUUUUACUCCAUCUGGGAUAGUAAGAAACUCUCCUGUUGGCCUAACUGAGGAUGUCAAGAAACCUGUCGUAUUUCACAAAGCUUCCUUCACUCACACUGAGGAUAGUAUCACACAGACGAAAGAUAAACCUCUGAGUUCACAAGCUCCAUUAGAGGAGGUCAAAGCCCCAAAAUCCAGACGAGGUGUCUCAAGAGAGCUUCCGACUGCAUCUGGCUGUGGUCUUUCGGCUUCUGCCGCUGUGAUAAAAGUUUCUCAGAUUAAACAAGCUUUUGAGUCGGACUCGCCAGUGGCAUUACAGACGCCCCCUUCUCCCGAGGAGCAGAGAAAGGAAACACUUUUCCCUGAGGAGUUUAUACCCAUGGCCGUUUCCCUUGACAAGCAGGAACAACUUAUUGACCCUGACACCAUGCAUGCCGAAGGUGCCGUUAGACUUGCCACUGCUACGAAAGGAAAUCCAGGUUCUCCGAAAGCUCUUCCUGUCUUUUCCAAGGCCUCCCAACCCACCUCCUCUCUGGAGGAAGAAUGCAAGAUCUCUGUGACAUCUGGUGAUGUUGAAGAGGGAGCAGGUUCAGCCGAAAGCCAUGGUGUUAAACAGUUUGUGGAGCGAGUACAGGAGUCUCCCGACCUGGUCAGGCCUAAAGCACUGAAACCUGCUCGAUUUCCUGAACAAAUGGAGGCAUGUGAAAUGGAGAUGGUGAGCGGGGAACCUGUGCAUACAUUUGACAGAACUAGCAGCUUCUUUCCUUUCCAGUCUGAAAAAGUGCCUGCAGUAAAACGCUCCGUUAGAACUUCAGCUCCAGCUGAAGAAGCUGUUAAGCCUAAGACAAUUUCUAAAUCUCUCAAACCUGAGAGUCAAAGAGCAGCUGCAGGGUCUUCCUCUUCUCACAGUGAGGCUGAAGAUGUCAGUAUGGUAUUAGGUGAUGAGGAGAUGAUUUCAAUCCCAGAGCCCUCCAUGGACAGUGGUGUCUUCCUCAGUAUGCCAGAGUCCCAGGCCGACAUGACCGAAUUAGCAGAGGUAAUAUCUGGUGAUGUGGUUGAGCCUCAUAUACAAAUCAAUUGUGAAGAUGAGAGGAUUGAUGAUGUGGAGCAAGAACCUACACCGCUUAUUGUCAAGCCUAAAGUAGACAGUGGAGUUGAAGCACUUGAGGACGCUGCUGCUGAGGGACCUCAAAGCCAGGUUGUGUCUUUACAGGAAGGAGAUAGUUUGGAGAAGGCCAAAGCAUCAGCAGCAGCUGGCUCUAUGGAGGAAGAGGAGGUCACUUUUGGUGCUGUGUAUGACUUUUACAACCCUCCAACAGACUGGGGAAGACCACUCUCCCCUGAGUCUGAGAUGUCCAUAGAGAUCGGCAGCACUGUUAGCGAAGAGCUAGCCGAGGUAGCUGAGCGUUUCUACACCCCAGGCUCAUCCACCGAGGUCUCGCAGCAAAUUGCAGUCCUUCCACACUCCCAAGUCUCACAUGUCCUUCCACACUCAUAGUUCUGAUACACCUGGUGGGUUUAUGACCCCUAAGGAAUAUCCCUUCUCCCCCGUAGAGCAUAAGCGACCCUCGACAGGAGACUCCAGCGAGAGGUUCUUCUCACCAUUUCAGUUCCUGACAUCUCCCGGUGACGAGGGCA